CCAAUCCCUGCCUUUGACCUCGAAAUCACGUCGUCCCUUAAUUGCAGCCUUACUUCGAAACAACACCAACGACGGCUGUCGCGACAAGCAGCAUCCCCCUUUCCGGCGCCUCUUCUGCAUAGAUCCCCUACUGCAGGCUCUAUGGGUCGCAUGAUUGCCUGCGUCGCUCAAAACACAAAGUCCCUUUUCGCCUGAAACUCAACAUCUACAGAUAUCCGCAGCCAUGCCUCUCUCCGCCAAGCGGCCGCAGCGUGGCCAGCGCUCCUCCUUUUCCGCAAAGAAUCACAGUUCCUCUCUUGAUGUCGACUUUGAAGGCGAUCUUCCCUCAUCGCCUAGCCGCCCAGCAAAGCGCCGCAAGAAGGCUCCUGCUCCAACCAACGAUACCCGUAACAAUGCAUCGCAAGGCACUGAGGACGACCAGACUGUCGCUCAAGUCACUCAGCACCUCAAGUCGCAUCCCGUGCAGGCUAGCAAAGACCACUCAAAUGCCAUGCACGAGGCUAAUGGUGACGGCGUCAAGGCGUACGCAAAGGUUGCCGCUCAGGACUGGACAUUUUACAUCACCAAACUAGCAGUCAAUAUCGGACGAGCCCCGGAAACCGCCCACCCGACCGAGGACGACGAGGAUGAGCAAAUUCAUAUCGACUUGGGCCCAAGUAAGAUGGUCUCUCGAUCGCACGCUUCUAUAAUAUUCGACUCCAAGGACGAGAAAUGGCUUCUUCAGGUCAACGGCAGGAACGGUGCCAAGGUCGAUGGGCAGCUGCUCAAGUCUCGCGCGUGCUAUCCUCUCACUAGCGGCGAGGUUAUUGAGAUUGGAAACGUCGAAAUGAUGUUUGUCCUGCCGUCAGAAAUCAGCCCUCUACAUGUUCAUCCGUCGUUCCUACAGCGGUCCGGUGUCACCAGCGACGCCGGCUCAUCAGCACAAAAGAAGUCUGCCGCGCCGCCGUCUUAUCAACGUCCAGGAACACCUCCAUAUAGCGAGCGCACCAGCACCAUGAACACCAAGUCCCCAGCUACCAGCACGCCUGCAGUAAUGAUUGGUGCUAGCGGUGCUGACCUGAGCCUCGACGAUAACCAGCAUAUCAAGCCUCAGUAUAGCUACGCACAAAUGAUCACACAGGCUGUCAUGAACGCUCCGGAAGGUAAACUUAAUUUGAAUGGCAUAUACAACUACAUCAUGUCAAACUACUCUUAUUAUCGCCACCAACAAGCAGCCGGUUGGCAAAACUCGAUUCGACACAAUCUAUCCCUCAACAAGUCUUUCGAUAAGGUAGCAAGAUCCACAGACGAGCCAGGAAAGGGAAUGAAGUGGCAGAUUGUCGCCGACGCCCGCGACGAAAUGAUCCGUAAUGCUUUCAAGAUUGGACGAGGCGGACAUCGUGGCUCUUCCGCGCCAUCAUCACCAAACCAGCUCAACUACAUUACGCACGGGCCCAAGGACAUGGCAACAAAAGAAUCGCCGACAAGAAAACUCCGCGGCUCCCCUCUUACAUCGCCGCCACCGCGGUCAUCGCUCAACAUCUCCACGCCUAGCCGGUCCGAUCGCAGUUUAGAGCGAAGUGCAACCUUGACAGCAGACGGUAGCCCGCUACCCCGCCAGAAGAAGACAGCAGAAGCUCCGUCUGCAUUCUCCGGCUUCCAACCUCAAUCUCCUACGCUUACAUCUUCCUAUCUUCAUGAAGAAGGCUCAUCGUUCAUAACCCCUGCCCCUCCCAGAGUUCACCCUAGGUUGGCACCACCGAGCACUGCACAGCGCCCAAGCCAGCAUAUGCCUACCAGCUCACCGGCGCCGUUUUGGAAAUAUGCCGAUAUUGGAAGCACGCCACUAAAGCCGCCUGCCCCCUACGAGAUUAGCCCGUCAAAACCUGGCAGAGGUAUGCCACCUCCAAGCAGUAGCCCUGUUCAGAUGGGCAAAUCGCCACCAAGCAGCCCUUCUCGACCCCAGCUUCCAUCAGUGUCGGAACAAGAAGGACCUGGGGAGGUAGAAGAAGAGCAGGGCUUCGAUUUGACGAAGGGAUUCCAGAGCAUCAGCGCAUACCACGCACCAGUUGGUAGAGGAUUGGCGGUGGGGACUGCUUUGAAGGGCAAAAUGUAACUUGUAAAUCUAGCUGUAUCUUCUUUUCUUGUUUCUGAAAUGACGUUUAUGUGAUACGGUCGAAUAUUGGUGCUUGGGUUAAGGACAUCGAACAACGUGUUAAUAAUUACAUUGAUUCCCAAUGCAACACAUCGGUUGAAGCAUGUCUGUCGUCACCACAAGCUUGUAAAUUCUGGAGGAAGUGAUGAAUGCAUAUUAUAUGAGUGAAGAUUCAUUUCUGUGCUAUCUAGACGUGUAAUUUUCCGUUGUGUUUUAUACAUGGCCCCUUGGCCGCCGCCUCCUCCAAAAGGUUAAACUUUUCAAGUCUUUAGAAAUACAGUGUUAAUUUUGCGUUAAUUUUGAGCAUCUUAUAUAUAGAUAUAGACGAAAAUUGAAUCAUGCCGUAAUCAGACGAUUGUAGCAGCAUAGUUUAGUUGCGCUUCUUGGGGUUGCCCUUGCCACUGCGCUUCUUCGACUUAGGCUUCUUGUCACCUUCGAUGAACUUGAUAAGUUCGUCCACGCUGCGAGAGUCAACCUGGGUAGAAGAAGAGUUGGAUAGCUGCUGGGUGGAGCUAGCGGGGAAGCGGAUGCCAGAGGCGAUGCGCUUGUCCUGUGCGUCCUUUGCAUGUUUGGCGAUGGAGACAGCGUUGUGGGUAAGCUGCUCAAGCCAAUUUUCAGCCUCCUUAGUGUUCUUGUCAUCUGCACCAAGCUCGCUGAGGAAGAUGUUGUACGACUCGCGCAUGCGCUUGACAGCGCCCUUCGAGUCCUGGUCAAGGGCAAGAGCUUGGGCUAGCUGGAACAGGAGGGUAGCUGAGUUGACAGACUGCUUGCCGAACACGGAUUCACAGACGUGCAAAGACUCUUCAAACCACAGGCGCGAUUGGUGGUACUCCUUGAGGUGCUGUAGCAUGACAGCACCGUUGUUGAUCGUCGUGAUAGAAUCGGGGUGGCCUGCGCCGUAGAUGACCUUCCACAGAGUGAGUGCGUGCUUGGAGUAUACAAGGGCAGCCUUGCUGUCACCGACUUGGUGGAGGAACAAGCUGAGGUUGAGAUAGUUGAGCAGAGUUUCGGCAGAGUCGAUACCGACAGUGCGCUCAGAAACAACAAUGGCUUUGCGCGCAAGUUCGACAGCCGCCUCCUUGUCAUCCAACUGGUAGUAAAGCAUAGACAAGCUAUUGUAGACACGAGCAACCUCGGGGUGCAGAAUGCCAUAGAUUUGCUCAUGUAAGGAGAGAGACUCCAAGAGAAGUUCCUGGCCGAGCUUCUUCUGGUUCUGCAUAAUGGAGAUGCGACCAGCUUCUAGAGCCUCUUCGGCCAAAGAGCUACGGGGAGCAGAGUGUUUGAUGAUUGGUACAACAUCGACGAUAUCAUCGGGAGUGAAUGUAGUGGGCGCGGCGGCAACUGGAGUAGAAACAGCGUCACCAUUCUUUUUCUUCUUCUUUUUCGAGUCGCUGUCAGUCUUGGUAGCUGAAGAAACAGUAGUCGCUUCGGUCUUCUCAAAAACGUAGUUUUUAGCCACAACUUGCAAUCCGAGUCUCAGAGAGACCUCACGAAGAGUCUGAACGGGACGAGUAAUAUCGGACCAUUCAGCAUCAAGCUCGUAUCUAAAGCGCUUGUAAACCUGCGCUUCAAUCAAACUACGAAGCUCGUCAGGGGUGACGGUCUCGAAAGACAAAUCAGCUUCGGUGAAGAGAGAACGGAGGUCCGCAUCGACCUCAGCCUUGGGUUCGGCGUUCAAACGAGAGCCCAGUAAGCAGUUGAGCAAAUGGGCAACGCAGGCCGGUGCCAGGGGACCAGGGACAGUGCGCAGAUAAGUGCCAGCAAUGUGCUUAAACGAGCGGACAAUCAUGUCUUGCAAGCAGAGCUCUUUCAGACAGCUCAGGCGGUCAUCCUUUGCAAGAGAGGCAACCUUACCAAGAUAACGCAUGUUGAUACCGCGCUUAUGAAACAGGCGACCAAGAGAGGGGCCAUCCAUGGGGAAACUAAUUUCAGAGUCGGUAAGCUCUUUGAGCAAGUUGGGGAUGACUUUGCUCUCAAGGUAUUCACAAGUCUCACGAACUUCCUUCUCAUCUUGGUCUAGCUGGUCCUUCUCUUCCUUGGUCUGGGGAAUUUGGCCGCUGAAAGCGUCGGGGUUCAGGGCGAAUUUGAACUUGGAGAGGUCAGGUUGCUCAGGCUUUUCAUCUUCAGUUUCAGCUUCACCCUCGCCAGCAUCCUUCUUAUUCUCAGCAAUUCUAGCCAGCUCCUUGUCAACAAACUCCUUCAUUCUGAAACGACCAAAGGAUUCGACAAGUUCAGGUCGCAACACAGUCAUGCGGUGGGGAUACUGCUUGGCCUCAGGAAUGGAUUCGUUCUUGGUGGUCGCCUCCAUCCAGGCAAUAUCGAACGGGGUGACACGGUACAAGUCGAGGACGUACUUGCGGCCAUCAGUACCCAUCAAACCCUUGGUUUCAACGCUACCUUCGAGAUCAAAUCGUUUGCCAUCCUUGUCCCAAACAGGGUGGCUCUUGACCUUGAGAGCCUUGGAGAGCUUAGCGAAAGGUUCCGCGAAGCGAGAGUCGGCAGCAACAACAUCCUUUCCGUCAACAGCGCCAUAAUCGAUCUGAUUUUCACCAGGCUCGCGCUGUUUGAAGAUGCCAGGAACAAUGCUCUGGCCAACAACACGCUUGCCAAGGUAAUCAAUGACAACAGUAGCGGGAGUGAAUAGACCAUCAAUGUCGAGCUGGUUAACUAACCUAACACCAGCAACAUCCUUUCCUGUAGCAACACGUGCAGCUUCAUCACCGCCUUCGGUAGUAAAAGUACCAACACCGUCGGCACCAAAGGAAAAGAAGAUGUUAUUAUAGACGAAGAUCUGGGCAUCUCGGACCUCAGUGGGGUUCAGCGGCGCAAGCUCGCCGCGGGCUACCAUAACAGCGCCUUUAGUAGCGGCAUCAUUGUAGUCAGCGAAGAGCUUUGACACCAGACGCUCACGGAAUACUCGGUCCUGAACAGUCUCCUUGGGUAACUCCUUGGCAGACUGGAAUUCCUCGUUCCAGUCUCUCAGAGUCUCUGCAUUGUCGACACCAGAAAGCAGAUAUGUCUCUUGGGUACGAGCAGGGUCGGAAGAGUGAGCACGGAGGCCAGACGAGGGUGAUGGAACCGUCCAAGGAGCCGACGGGACAGCAUUCGUGAUCUGGAAGGUCGCGAGGGGGUCUCUCUUGUUGUUAUAUUCCAUAAGUUGUUGGAAAGCAGGGCCAAACUGAGGAGACACCAUCUCUAGAAGUUCAAGAAGAGAGCGUGCAGCGUAGGCCUUAGGGCUAGAUCUCGGGAACGGGUCAAACUUGGCAUUGGAGGACUUGUUGACAAAGAAUCCAGAAACGUGGGCGGUGAUCUGGACAGCUUCGCUUUCCAGCGUAUUGAGGGUGAGGUAUAGCAGGUGACCACGCUGGCGAAGGUGGCAUGGAGGCGGGUUCCACGCAGACAGCGCCAGUGACUUGAUAGUUUUCGGAGCCACUUCAGUAGUCUUGGGAAUGAGUGCAGUAGGGGUGACAGUGCCCUGGAAGUCAUAGGCGGGGGCCUUGACCUCUUCGCCAGAUUCGCUAGCAGCCUCCUGUACGGGAAUAGAAACGGAUUCGAAGAGCGACAAUCCAGGCAAAACACCAUGGGUGAACUCGACGCGGUCCGAAGCAGCGCCAAUCAGCUCGCGUGUUCUAACGACAUGUAUGCGGGCUUCGCGCUCGGAGUAGGGUUCGUCAACGAGGUGGAAGGUGGGCUCGGUGCCAAUUUCAGGGAUAUCGGCAAUUGGAAUAAAGUCACUAAUCUUUUGCC